UUCCUUUUUUUUUUUCCCUCUAGUUUAUUUUCUUUGUUGUCUAAAAAGCACAACAAAGUGCUGGAACAAGCCACACAGACCUUGAGAGGUUCCGUUGGUUCAAAUGACUCCCCACUUCCUGAUUAUGCGCAAGACCUGAAUGUGAUCGAGGAAGUGAUCCGAAUGAUGUUGGAGAUCAUCAACUCCUGCCUGACAAAUUCCCUUCAUCACAACCCAAACUUGGUGUAUGCACUGCUUUACAAGCGGGAUCUCUUUGAGCAGUUCCGAACUCACCCUUCCUUCCAGGACAUAAUGCAAAAUAUAGAUCUGGUGAUCAGCUUUUUCAGCUCCCGAUUAGAGCAAGCUGGAGCUGAGCUGUCAGUGGAGCGAGUUCUGGAAAUCAUCAAGCAAGGAGCUGUUGCUUUGCCCAAAGACAGGCUAAGAAAGUUCCCCGAGCUGAAGUUCAAGUAUGUGGAGGAGGAGCAGCCCGAGGAGUUCUUCAUCCCCUACGUUUGGUCCUUGGUCUACAACUCCGCCGUGGCCCUGUACUGGAACCCUCAUGACAUCCAGCUCUUCACUAUGGACUCCGGCUGAAGGAGGUGCCGCAGCCAAGCCAACUCAGCUCCCUUGUCUUACAGAAAACAGAACUCUGCACCGCGUGUUAAUACGUGACCCCCUCCAGUGUGCACCCUCUGACCCCACAGCUUUUGGAGAAUGAAGCUUGCCGCUAGUGCACAGUCCAGUGUCAACGUCUUGGAAGCAAAUUGCCACCAACACGCUGGCAACAGACUGUGGUGCGAGGAACUGAUGGCUUGUAGGCAAACCUUGCAUUUAUAGUCCUGUAACCUAGAGCUUGUUUGAUGAAAAUGAGGCCUUACACAUGGGGUAUGAUGUUACUACCAACCACAAACCUGAUUGUUCUUUUAACUUAACGGGAUAAAUGAGGAAAGGGAUUGCGGACUUUGUUUUGGAAACAGCAUUUGUAUUCUUGUUUCUUUCAAGUGAGGGAGGUUUGUUGGGUCAAGCUUUCUGUGGUCUGUUGGAUUCUGCCACGGGUUGCUCGUCACCUACUCCUGUGCUUUCACUCACAGCCCUUCACUUCGGUGGCACUCUCAAGGCUGUAGACAUUAAAUUGGUGUCUACGCCAUCAACCAAAUGAACUAAGCAAGCAGCAUAUUAAUAAGAUUAGCUCCCAGCCUGAUUUAAAACACUUGAUUUAGCUGUCAAAAUGUUUGUGGGAGGAUUUUCAAUAGAAAGUCUUUUUUGUUGUUGUUUUUUGACUGGCAAACACUCGAUAGAGGGCUACAAACACCAUCUUUUAAAGUCAGGUCCCUUGCAGGCUUGUUUUACUGCGUGUCUGAGCAAAAGUUGUUCCUGGAAAUCGAAUGUGUGUGUGGGAAAACAAACAAAAAACUCUCCAAAGAAAAUAGUUGUAAGAUCGUACAAUAGAACAGUGUCCUGUUAAAAUGGUGUGGGGUGGUGACAGUGUUACGGGGAUCCUUGGCUAAGUUUUGUAUUGAAAAUGCCGUUUGCUAUUACAGGGUUUAUGGCAGAAGUAUAAAUUUACCUGAAUGUAGAAUACUUCUCUUUUGUUGUUGUUGUUGUUUUUAAGUGUCCUUUCCUGGUAUACCUGUUUAUGCAGUUGGGAGAACAAAUGAAAUGGCUUGACCUGAUUUUGACCGAAUAUCUCAUUUUUCAAGGCGAGGAUCGUUUCCUCUCUGGGGAGGCUCCUGAUGGUGCCUGUGGCACGUGCAUGCAGACACUCUCCUAACCCCACAUGCUGCUGUAUGGACUGCCACCAGUGCAUUGCAUGCCAAAACGUAAAAACCAAGGAAUUAGCUCCUAAAGAUACGUGGCAACCCCUUGUAUCCGCCGCCUGCUCCAGCAUGUUCUGUUUAUUGACCUGAAGAGUUGGGUGCAUUUGCUUUCGGAAGUUCUUUGAGUGGCUUUUAAUAGAAUUUCUUGCACCCUUCCUUUAUUUGUCUUUCCCUGAAGGAUGAGCUAGGAUUGUACUUACCUGCUCGUUUCGAGGUGGGAGUCCACUUAAGUCCUACCCAAAUGGAAAUGCUGGCUUAAAAAAAACCAAAAGGCAGAAAAGCUUCCCAAAUUUAUUUAAGCAUAGCUACAAAGUGAUAUGUACAACCCAGGAGCAUUUAGGGCUUUAAAAUGACAGAAGCUGUUUUAAAAAGGCAAUAGUUAAGACUGGGGAUGCAGUUUUUCUUAGCAAAAUAGGUGGAAUGAAUGAACCAUGACCGAGCUGCACAGAGGUUUGUGCUGUUUUGGGGUUUUUUUUUUGGUCUGUUUUCUUUUGGUUUUGAGCAGCAAACAUUGAAAGGGGAUAACUCUGCUUGGUUAUUGUAGUGAUUUGUAAUUUCAUCUUUAUUACAAAGCUCAGAGUGUUUGUGAGUCAGCAGGGCUGCCCGGCUUUGGAAGGGUCAGCCUGAAGAUGCACUUUUAAACCGUGGGUUCUGAAGGUACUGGUUGGCUCAUUUUAAACCUGAUUUAAAGUGCCUAUGAGCACUUGAACCUGAGGUGAGCACCCUUCUCCCCACUGCCUGCAGCAGGAGUGAGCACUUCACAAACACUGCCCAGCAGAGGUGAUGCAUUUCGGCCGGGUGUCAAGCUGGAGAGAACCUGAUUCUUCUCUUUGAAAGGCCUUUUCAUAAAGGGAAAGGUACAUAGAGCAGUAAUCUGAUAGAAUAGGUCAAACCAGCUGCUGAAUCAAUGAGGGAGUCACGCAGUAAAUUAUUUCUCACUGUCCUCUUGUUGCAAUGACCUCGAGUUGAGUGCAGAAGGAACAGGUUUGUUCCCAUCACAUAAUUUCCUUGUGCAUUUAGUUCAUAUUUAGUGCUCCUAGGGCCUGGCUGGUUUGGAGCAGCUGGAGUUACAAUCCAAAGCCCAAACAGCAGAGACAGACCCAAGAUUUAUGCUGAAAUCCAAGCUAGCCCCAUUGGCUCUUCCAAGAGUUUGAGCAUUGUGUGGGUCUGGCAGCAUCCUGAUGUCUGCAGUCUGGCACAGUCACAAAUACUCCUUGAGAUCUGUAACGUACCACAUUGGGGAUCCUUUUCAUGACUUUGUGUGAAAGAUUUAUUAUGCAUAAUAAUAAUAAAAAUAAUAAUUAAAACAGUAAA